AUGGAGAAGCAUGGGGAAACAUGCGAUAGAGAAGAAGAACACGAGGGUGUUGACGGCGAUUCCUCCUUGGAUCCUCCCAAUCCAGAAGGAGAAACCCCAAUCUCCGACGGCAUCGCAUUCAACAAUCAGAGUGAAAUUUUCCGAGCGAUAGAGGUUGUGGAGCGAGACUCGCUCGCCAUCGCUCAGAGUUUCACUUCUCUCUUCGCCUCUCUCCGAUUGGCCCUCUCCGAAUCCACCUCCACCUCGCUCCACCACAUGGAGUGCUUCACCGAUGCCACCGGUCGCCUUCAGGAAUCCGUGCUUGAUGCAGCAACCAAGGGGAAUCGCUAUAUAAAUUCCUGUCUCAGAUUGAAUGAAGAGAUGAAGAGUGUUGAUGGACUCGCCUCUCAAUUAAAAGUCUUAAGAAAGCAUGUUGAUGCUCUGGACUCAGCUGUUAACAAGCUUCUUCAUGUCCCCUGA